AUAACCUGUAUUUUCUUCAAAAUAUACUUUGUUUUGGAUGAUGAAGCAACAUGAAACCGGUUUAAUUGCUUGGAAUGGAAUUCUCUUUGUUGCAUUUUGUUUCUUCAAUCCAUCUAAUUAAUUUUCUGUAUAUUUCUUAUAUUUAUCAAACGUAUUUUAUAUACUUUUUUAAUCGGAACCGACGGUUAAGUAUGAAGCUAUUUAUCAUAUACUGUUGCUAUUUGGUAGAAAAAAAAUCAAACCUUGAUAAAUAUAGAUAAGAUUUUAAAUUUGUAAAAUA